AUGGAUUGUGGGUGCUCCGAGUCCCUGGAUCUGCAGAAUCAGCAUCGCCAACAAGAGCUUAUACGCCAAGAGCUAUCACCACAAGCGCAGCAGCAGCAGCUGCUGCACCAAGCUUACGAAAGGCCGGUAACAGAAGUACCAUAUUUCUACGGAGGUAUCCGACAAGAUUUGAAGAUCGCUAACAUUUCUCAUGAGGCAAGUCGUGUUAGGAAUCAAGAUCCCAGCGUUAAUCCUGCCGUACGCCAUUACAAGCCUGAGCCGUUUCACUGCGACUGUUGCAAUUUAUUCGUCCCGCUCUUGCUGCUGUAUUGUGAAGGCAGCUCAGCCCACACUGUUCUACAGCGUGGAGAUUACCCGCGCAUCCCUAAAGAAGUGAGAGAUGAUACUGCCACUGGAGAGGAAAGCUUUCAUGGCGGAGUUUUCCGCUACCUGCUGCCUCCUACACCCGUUGUCUUUGAACCUCCCAUUGACGUCAAUAAAAGCGGCUGUAAGAAAGCGAUAGGAAUUAUUUUUCUCUACGAAGGAAGAGUUAGCUAUAAACUGUUUCGAAAUGCUUGA